AUGAUCAGCGCCAGGGACGCCCUUCUCCAGCUGACCUCAGGUCCGGGCCUGAUGGACAACAUGUGUAACUUUAUCAUUCGCCCGCCUCGCUCUACCUACGAGAUGGAGGACCUCGGGCCUGACGUGUUCCGCAUCGAUGGUGACAGCAAGCAGCGCUUCAUGCGCCACGACUUUGAACUGGAGAACAUGCGAGGCUUGCGCUUCCAAUGCUCGUGGUUUAAGCCCUACCCUGGCAGUCGUAUGCCGUGCGUGGUGUACUGUCACGCGAAUUGUGGCGGUCGCUACGACGGCCUCGAGGCCCUCUUUGUGCUGCGGCAAGGCUUCAGCCUCUUCUGCUUCGACUUCUGCGGGAGCGGCAUGUCGGAGGGCGAGUACAUCUCCCUCGGGUUCUACGAGCGCCAGGACCUUGUCGCCGUAAUGGAGUUUCUCGCGCUCAAGAGUGACGAGGUGGACGGUGUGGCGCUGUGGGGCCGCAGCAUGGGCGCCGUGGCCGCCAUCAUGUACGCCUCGAAGGAUCGAUGGGUUCGGUGCAUUGUGUGCGAUUCCCCCUUCGCUUCUCUGCGUCUGCUCAUCGAUGACUUGGUGGAGCGGCAUGGCGGGCGAACUGCCCGGGUGGUACCGAAGAUGUUGGUGCGGGGCAUUGUGGAGCGCAUCCGCAAGCGCAUCAUGAGGCGCGCCGCCUUUGACAUUGACGACUUGGACGCGGUGAAAUACGCCAAGUCGUGCAACGUGCCAGCGCUGCUGUUCCACGGCGCUGACGACGACUUUGUGUCCCCGACGCACUCUGAGAUGAUCCGCGACGCCUUCCCCAUUCCGUGCCUGCAACAGUUCACACCAGGCGGGCACAACUGCGAGCGCUGCAGCGACAUCCAAGAGCUCAUUAGCGCCUUUCUGCAGCUCUACCUGAUCGAGAAACCACAAGGGGCACGGAGGACGCCCGUACUGCGGGGGCUCGAGCUGGCAAAUGUUUCCACAGACGCAACAACAAAGGCGGCCACCUCAGGGCCCAGUGUGCCGACUGGGCCAACUUCAAACCAGCCAGUAUCCGUGACAAGCUACGGUACGAGAGACGCUGACCCGGCGCCGAUGUCUUCCCCCCCUGCGUCUAAGGCGGCAUAUUCCCCCACCACCUCUACAUUCACAUCCACAUAG